AAAAAAAGAAAAAAGAAAGACUUCAAAAAGUGUCUUGUUUUCUUUUUUACUUUCCACUGUACGACAAUAAGUCUACGGUUGUACCUUGAUCACUCUCCCUAUUAUCCUUCUUUUUUUAUUUUUUAUUUUUUUAUUUUUUUUCCAAUUAAAACUCCCUAUUUUCCCAUUUGCGAACACUUUAACCCCCUAAUUACUUUAUGUCCAAAUUCAUCAUCCUAUUGCUUUUCUAGGAACAUCCUCUUGCUUUUCUAGGAACAUACAUGUAUAUGUGUGUGUGUGUGUGUGUGUGUGUGUGAUAUGAUCCUUUAUAUAACAUAUACCUAACACCUUAUAUUUGAGUUUUUCUGUAUCUUCUCCUUCCAGUUUGUAAAACAAUGGCAAUUCUAAUUCCUUGUCGCUUGCCUUGUCGUUCAGAAGAAGAUCAAUCUCAGUCUCACUCCGAUUAUCUUGUUAACUCAGAAUCAUCAGCCUCAUCAUCACUCUCUUCCCAACCAAGUUUACCUUCUGUACAUUCGCUAACCCCGUCACCAGACCAACAACAUGGACAACAAUCAUCCCCAUCAACCCACCACCACUGCCUUGCCACCUUCAAAGCUCACUCCUCCUAUGUCUCCUCCCUCGUUGUCGCCGGAAAGUUUAUAUAUACUGGUUCGUCCAACAGCGAGAUUCGGGCAUGGAGCCGAGACCCAUCUCAGCUCAAAAACAAUUCGGCGGUGGAUAACUUGGUCGCCGUCAGCGAAAGCGCUGUUAAAAGUCUAGUCGUUUUGGGGGACACGCUUUUCAGUGCCCAUCAAGAUCACAAAAUCCGAGUGUGGAAUAAGAUCGAACACCAUGUAAGCAACCCAACACAACCCCAGAAAUUCAAAUGCAUAGCCACUCUCCCAACGGUCAACGACCGAAUCUCGAGAUUCUUCUGGGCGAAAAACUAUGUAGAGGUUCGGCGGCACAAGAAGAUCACGUGGGUCCAUCACGUGGACGCCGUGUCCGCUUUAGCCGUAUCCAAAGACGGUUCGCUUCUCUAUUCGGCCUCGUGGGACCGAACUUUCAAAGUCUGGCGAACAUCCGAUUUCAAGUGCUUGGAGUCAGUGAGCAAAGCCCAUGAUGACGCCAUCAACGCAAUCGAGUUAUCCGAAGAUGGAUAUGUUUAUACCGGUUCAGCCGAUAAGAAAAUCAAAGUUUGGAAGAAGAAGUUCGAUGGGGACAAAAAGCAUUGUUUGGUUUCCACUUUGGAGAAGCACAAAUCGGCUGUCAAUGCUUUGGCUCUUAGCUCAGAUGGGUCGGCGCUUUAUUCCGGCGCAUGCGACCGGUCGAUCUUGGUUUGGGAAAAAGAUGGUGAAAAUGAUAGCAUGAUGGUGGUGGUGGGUGCCCUUAGGGGCCACACCAAGGCAAUACUGUGCUUGGCGGUGGUGGAGGAUUUGUUGUUGAGUGGUUCGGCCGAUUGCAGUGUCAGGAUUUGGAGGAGAGGGAUCGAUAGGAGGUUCUGUUGUUUGGGUGUUUUGGAAGGCUAUAGACGGCCCGUGAAGUGCUUAACUGUCACGGUGGAUUGCAGUUACAGGCAAAGAAAUGAUGAUUCUGCUGGCAGUUGUUAUUUGCUUUACAGCGGCAGUUUGGAUGGUGAGGUUAAGGUCUGGAAGAUUUGGAUUGCCAAUAAUUUUCUUUCAUGUUUUUCUUCUUAAACUGAUGUAAUUUUAUUUUAUUUUUUUUGGUUGCAAAUUUUUGUGCAUAGUGGUCAGAAACUCAUUGCCUUUUUUUUUUUUUUUUUUGGAUAUGAAUUUUCAUAGGGUAUACAUAUUUUAGAUCUUGCUGAGCUAUAUAUAUAUAUAUAUAUAUAUGUAUCGAAAUACAGCCACUGUAGUGAGUUAGGAUUUUGGGAAGAGUACUAUGAAGUUAUUUGGGUUAAUUUUCUUUCUAUGAAAUUUUGCAUAUUGGUAUGGAAAAUUCCAUUAUAUAACAUAGAAAGGCUGUGUAGGCACGAAUAUUCUUUCAAAUUCUAUGACUUUGAUGAUCAGUAGGAACACCAUGUCACCAUAUAACAGACCCUACAAAUGUCUGACGGCCACAUGGUGUGAUAUUUACGGACAUGGUCAACUAUUUUGAACUUUUAUAAGAUAAUAUUUUUUUGUCUUUGAGCA